CUCACCCCGCGCUCUCGGCGCACACAAGCAACCCCACCAGUAUCGCAGUGCGCUGCCGCAUUAUACUCUUCGUUCGUUAUGGCGCGGCAGCAGCAUCAGCCUUCGCAGCUGCGCGCUACGGCUGGCUGUGCGGGUCUGCUGGUCGCGUUGCUUCUGGUGCUGCCACAGCUUUGCAGCUUCGCAGCCGCAGCACGGAUCAGCAGCAGUAGCAGCAGCAGCCUGCAUAGCAGUAAGCAUCAGGCAGUGGACAGGCAGCAGGCAAUCAGCGGCAGCGACGGUGAUGGCUUUGAUGGUGUGGAGAGAGGGGAUCAUGGUGCGGUUGGCAGUGGCAGCAGUAGCAGGAGUUCCGCCAACGCCAUCCCCGGUGGUGCGUGGGGCAGGCGACAGCUGCUGACAGCAGGUGGCAAGCAGGCAGGUAAGCCGGACAAAGCAAGCGGCAAGUCAGGCUGGCCGGGUAAGCAGGCCAAACCAGGCAAGCAGCAACAGCAGCAGCAGCAGGCCAGCUACCCGGCAGCUGCUGAUGACUGGUCACCGCAGCCGCAGCCGCAGCUGCAGCUGCAGAAUGAUGGCGACCUGGAUGACCAGGCGAGCGGCGGCCUGCACAGCGGGGUGGGCGGCGGCAGUUACAACUACUAUCAGCCGCGUGCGGCGAGUCCCGGCAUCCCCAACACAUCCUUCGCGCUGCCUCCCACCUACUACACCAACACACCGUCACCGUCUUACCCGCCUCCACCGCUGCCUCCUUCGCCUCGACCACCGCCACCUUCUCCUGAGCCACCUUCACCCAGGCCCCCAUCGCCCGAGCCGCCUUCUCCAAGCCCUCCGUCACCUAGCCCCCCAUCGCCCGAGCCGCCUUCUCCAAUCCCUCCGUCACCAAGGCCUCCCUCACCCCGGCCGCCACGCCCGCCCUCGCCGAAGCCACCGCGGCCUCCGCGCCCCCCACGGCCUCCCAGCCCCCCUCCUCGCCCGCCGAGCCCUCCUCGCCCUCCCUCGCCGCCCCCCUCCCCUCCCCGCCCCCCCUCGCCGCCGCCCUCUCCUAAGCCACCUUCCCCCAGCCCUCCCCUGCCGCCUUCACCUUCACCACCCUCCCCAUCUCCCCCUUCCCCUGAGCCACCAUCUCCGUCUCCGCCUUCACCCUCACCGCCCUCCCCAUCCCCUCCUAGUCCCACGCCACCUCCCACCUACCCAGGCACCUAUGGAGGCGGCAGCUACCCUUCAUAUCCCCCUACUCCCGCCGCCGGCAUCACCCCGAGUGCCUCUCCUCCCUCUCCUCCCUCUCCGCCCUCUCCUCCCUCUCCUCCCUCUCCUCCCUCUCCUCCCUCUCCUCCAUCUCCUCCAUCUCCUCCCUCUCCUCCAUCUCCGCCCCCCUCCUCCGCCGGCUACUUCGAGCUGAUCCAGAACCUGACGGCCCCCAAUGUGGCCCUCGCGAUGGCCAACAUCCCCUACACACGCCGAUACUGGUUCCUGGAGCGCGCGUAUGGGCCCGGCGAGGGCCUUGGAACAAACCCCAGCACCGGUACUCUCGACCUGGACUCUAGAGAGAAGCUCCAGUUUAACGCCAUCUUCAACCCCGGCUGCUCCGGCACCAUCAUCCUGCCUGACGGGCACCUGCACACCUUUGGCGGCGACGUCCUCAGCCCGGUGCGCAACCUGCAAGACGGCCGCAACAAGAUCAUGGCAUUCAACCCAUCAAGCACUGCAAUGGUGCAGCUGGGCACGAUGCAGAAGAACCGUUGGUACCCCUCCCCCAUCGUGCUCAGCAGCGGCAAGGUGUUGAUUGUGGGCGGCUCUAACGCCUGCCUGCUGCCGCCCACCUGGCCCUUCGCUGAGCUGUGGGACCCGGCGACGCCCGCCAGCCCCACCGUCAACGUCACCAUGCCCGCCAACUUUGUCAAGUACAUGGGACUCUACAACUGGUACCCUUUCAUGCAGCUGCUGUCAAACGGCGACAUCCUGUGGUUUGUGGAGAAGGGCGGCGCCAUCACGGAUGGCAACUUCAACCACAUUGUGGACCUGCCGCCCUUCCCGGCCUCAAUCACGCACUGCACCAUGUUUCCCAAGACCUCGUCCAUCUCGGUCCUGGCCAUGGGACCGCCCAACUACGACCUCAGCUUCGUCAUCUUCGGAGGCGGGGACUGCAGUGGCAAUCUCACUGCCCCAGCCGCCAGCACCAGCCUGCGACUCGACAUCUCCAAGUGCGGCUCAAGCUACUGCUUUACCAAGGGGUGGGAGGUUGAGGACAUGCUGGGUGUUCCGCGAGUGAUGGGCGACUCCACUCUGCUGCCCAACGGCAAGGUGCUGCUGCACGGAGGAGCGCAGUUUGGCGGCGCCAACGCGGGUGAGGGCUGGUCCACCAAGGCCAACUUCCAGUCGUUGAUGUACGACCCAUACAAGCCAGUCGGGCAGCGGUACAGCAAGAUGGACUUUGCGCCCAUCGCGCGCGUCUACCACUCCGCCAACUGCCUGGACCCCAGCGGCAAGGUGCUGGUGGCGGGCUGCGAGAACUGCGGAGCCUACCAGCAGCUGGCACCGAAUAUGUCAUUGAGCCCGGACGCACCGCUCGAGCACCGACUGGAGUGGGCCGUACCCGCGGAGAUCGCGCCGGGAGUGAACCGGCCCGCCAUCACAUAUGCAGCCCCCGCUGUUGACCGUGGCGUCACCAUCACCAUCUCCUACUCCUACCCCGGCGUUGACUUCAUUACUGGCGCGGUGCUGGCGGCGCCCUGCGCAUGCACCCACUCCCUCAACAUGAACCAGCGCGUCAUAUUCCUGGAGGUGGAGAAUAUCCUUCAAGGCAAGGUCGCCAUCACAGCUCCUCCGCCGGGUCUGUUCGGACAGGCGUUGCUGGGUCCGCACCUGCUGUUUCUGCUGGGAGCCGGGGGCACCUACAGCGAGGGUGUGUGGAUUAACAUUACUGACCCAGCAGUCAUUAAUGGUGGAAGUCGCUAGAUGAUUUGCUCCUCUUGACGCACGGGCGAGACACAGGCAGUUUGCAUGCAAGCACGAGUUAGGGGGCACAUGUACAGUAGGAGUAAGUGUGAUGAGUGAUCGGUCGGUGCACAUGCACUCGCGUGGCCGCCAUGCAUGCGCGUGCAACACAAACUUCAUGCCGUUUACGCUAGCAGCAAUAUGCCAGAUUGUUUCAUAAUGGCAGCCUCGACAUGAAUGCGACAUUUCAAGAAGGGACGGUCCGACCGAGCAAGGGUGCCCAGCACCCAGGUCAGGAGUUCGUAGCAAACCUCAAGGCAAACCUGACGCAUUGAGAUCUGGGCGCAUACGAACGAGCUUACUGCUGAAAGCUUUGUGAGCCAGGGGCACCCGUUUCGUGAGUGGAAUUCGUUUUAUUGUUGGGCUAGCAUGGUAGAGUCACUAGGGGACAAUCAGUCAGGUGCCGUACGGCGCGGGCCGUCUGUCCCCAGCCAAACCCGAACCCAGCAGCGGACGUUGCAUGCCCAGUCGAGGGUGAAAUGCAGAGAGAGAGAGAGAGUCAGACGCCGCCAGUUUGUAACUUUAUUACUAACACCAUCUUUGGGCAAUGGAGCUUGGUGAAGGACUAAAGUCGGGUCUGUAAUCACGGGUCAGG